AUGGCCAAGCGGAUAGACAUGACGCACGCCGACAAGGACGUCAACCCUGCCGUGCUGGUCCUCGGCGAGCACAUGAGCGCCUUUGCCAUCAGCGACAGCAUCACCAGGUUGGAGGCGACGCUCUUGGCCUUUAAGAAGGUCGUUGAGUCUUACAACACCCCCAUGAACACUACCUUCUCUCGUCACUUCACAUCCCACGUCCUCAACCCUCAGAUCGAGUACCUCACGGCAUGCCGCCCCAUGUGCUUCUCUAUGGGCAACGCCAUCCGAUGGCUCAAGCUCCAGAUCAGCAAGGUCGACAUUGACGUGCCCGACCUAGAGGCCAAGAAAAUAUUGUGCGAGGCCAUCGAUGCCUUCAUCCACGAGCGCAUCACCCUCGCCGACUUUGUCAUCGUCCAGACCGCCACUGACAUGAUUGUCGACGACGACGUCAUCCUCACGUACGCGCACCACCACCUCGUUGAGCGCACCCUCCUCCAGGCCCACAAGGAGGGCAAAAGCUUCCGCGUCAUUAUAGUAGACGACCCCUACGAGCGUGUUGGCAUCGACCUCGCCAAGAAGCUCUCCACUGCCGGCAUCCAGAUUGCCUACUCAUCUGACCUCGGCGCCCUGCGGACGCAUCUCAACGAGGCCACCCAAGUGCUCCUCGCUGCCGAAGCCAUCUUUAGUAACGGUGCCAUGUACGCCCGCGCAGGAUCGUGUGACAUCGCCACUGCGGCCACCGACUUGGGCGUGCGAGUCGUCGCCCUGUGCGAGACCAUCAACUUCACCGAACGUGUAUCUAUCGACUCCCUCACAUACAACGAGAUCGAUCCCGAGCGGUGCACCACGGAUGGGUUCCGGCUGCUCUUCGACACCACCCGAGACAAAGACCUCUCUGUUGUGGUGACGGAGCUUGGCAACUCCUCUGCCACUUCGGUGCCAGCCAUUCUCAGGAAGCUGGAGGAGCUGUAA